UUUUUCGGAAAGUAAUUUUGUGGAGUUUAUUCAUUAAUUGCUUAUUCACCACUUUAGGAGGAUGAUAGGUCCAUCAAAAUUAUUUUCUUUGACAGUAUUUUAUUUGAUUGCAGAUGUUGUCUGGUUUAUCAAUACUGAAUAAUUUAGGAACAAACUUCGAUAUUGUCUUCUAUAACUUGGGGCAGUGUGAUAAGCGAGGCAAGGUGGACUUCUUAUCGUCUUUUAAAGUUGGGAAGUUGAAUAGGACACACCUGGUUUACACUGGGACCCUGGACCUUGGUGUAGAUAUAGACGACAGUGUCAAAAUCCGAGCCAUAGCAGCUUUGAAAAGCCCGAGUGGACAUUAUAGCACAGUUAUUGAUGUGAAAUUGAAGGCAUGUGAUAUGGUCAGGACAUUUGUCCUGGAGAUUUUUCAAUCGGUCGCUGAACAUUGCAAUAUAACAUUCGCAUGUCCCAUAAAGAGGGUUCGAUGUGAUAUGAAGAAUUACAUAAUUGAUAUGAAAGUGGGUAACAUACCUGCUAUACCGUAUGGAGACUACAGGGUAGAGGUCACAAUCCUGAAAUCAUUGCCUUAUGCUAUUGAGGAGACGAUAUCCUGUACUAGAGCCUUUGGAGCGGCAAGGCCACAGAGUCUUCUGCAAUCAAAAAGCAAGAAGAAACAUCAAUGAAAACUCUAUUUUCAAAAAUUACCAAUAUUAGUUAUUUUUGAAAAAUAUUCAAUGGAAUGACAAAAAAUUAUAAUAAACAGUUUUU